CUCCUCUCCGAGGCCCAGUAAUGCCAAAGGACAUCCAGGCAGGCCAAGCAUCCCAGGUUGCCCGUCCAAAUGCUCCCAAGUCCCAGUGGCUCUUCCCCCUUGAUGCUCUGCGGUCAACUCCAUCAGCUGGCUCCCUAGAAAAGCAGCUCUACGACCGGGCUAGGGGGGUCGAGUUCCUUUACCGUCUCGGGUCUUCACUGCAAUUGCCAGCACCGGCAAUGUUUACCGCCGCAACAUGGUUCCACAGGUUCUACAUGCGUUAUUCCAUGGAUGAUUAUCAUCGACAAGACGUUGCCGCUUCUUGUAUAUUUUUGGCCACCAAGACAGAGGAAUGCGGUCGAAAGCUUCGUGAUGUUGCCCGCGUUUGUCAGUCCAAAGUAAGUGGGAAGGACGUGGCUGAAAUUCCCGACACUAGCAAGGAAGUCGAGAACUGCCAGACGGCAAUCCUACUGACAGAGGAGGUGUUGCUGGAAGCUCUUUGUUUCGAUUUUGUGGUUGAAAGUCCCCAUGCGGAAUUAGUAGACUUAUUCAACUCACACGAUCCGGAUAUCUUAGCGCAAGAAUAUGCGUGGACUAUUGCCCACGACUCGUACCGAACUCCACUCUGUCUAUUAUAUUCUCCCCGCAUUAUUGCUGCCGCGUGUUUUGUUCUUGCUCAGCGUGUGGUGGACGGCCCAAAUUCUUCUUCCCUUGAUUCACGCAUAUCCUCUACCCCUCCAUCUGCGUCUCUUCCCACACCGCCCUCUAAUAAGCCGCCAUCACCAGACCGAUCCAGAUUUGCCUUGGAGUAUUUUGCUUUCAAUGAAGAGGAACUUACUUCUCUUGCUGAUACCCUACGCAUCCUGAUUGAAUUCUACUCUGUUCAAGACAACACCAUGCAUCCGCACCUCUCAACUAUUGCCACCAUUCCUGCCCCAACUAUCACCCCGCCGCAGGCCAAUUUGUACGCUUCCUUUUCACGAUUGUCCGGGGUCACUCCCGCGGAUUCUUCCCGCCCGGACACUGGUCUUGGACGAACCCCAAAUUCAUCUCACGGAGGACAGACCCCGGAAGUCAAUGAUAAUUCUCAGACGCCGAAUGGCAACCCACUGGAUUCUAGCUCGUAAAAUGGGACCACGCUAGGCACCCAUGAUGGACCGUGGGGGACCUACAGACUGUCAAUUUGUUAUGCCAACCUUAAAUCUUGUCCUCGG